AUGAAAAAUGAUUCCCGUACUUUUGGAGCUUCAACAGUUCUAACUAAAACUCAAAAUAUAGGACGUAUUAGUCAAAUUAUUGGUCCUGUAUUAGACGUUACUUUUCCUCCUGGUAAAAUGCCUAAUAUCUAUAAUUCUUUAAUAGUUAAAGGUCAAAAUACAGCAGGUCAAGAAAUUAACGUUACGUGUGAAGUACAACAAUUAUUAGGAAAUAAUAAAGUUCGAGCUGUAGCAAUGAGUGCGACAGAUGGCUUGAUGAGAGGAAUGGAUGUUGUUGAUACAGGAGCUGCUUUAAGUGUUCCAGUUGGUGAAGCUACUCUUGGACGUAUUUUUAAUGUUUUAGGAGAACCUGUUGAUAACCUGGGUCCUGUAGAUGCUAGUACAACUUUUCCUAUUCAUAGAUCUGCUCCUGCUUUUACACAAUUAGAUACUAAAUUAUCCAUUUUUGAAACAGGAAUUAAAGUGGUAGAUCUUUUAGCUCCAUAUCGACGUGGUGGAAAAAUUGGAUUAUUUGGAGGAGCUGGAGUAGGGAAAACCGUACUUAUCAUGGAAUUAAUUAAUAACAUUGCUAAAGCGCACGGUGGUGUAUCUGUAUUUGGUGGAGUAGGAGAACGUACUCGUGAAGGGAAUGACCUUUACAUGGAAAUGAAAGAAUCCAAAGUUAUUAAUGAAGAAAAUAUUUCAGAAUCAAAAGUAGCACUAGUUUAUGGUCAAAUGAAUGAGCCGCCUGGAGCUCGUAUGAGAGUAGGGUUAACUGCUUUAACAAUGGCUGAAUAUUUUAGAGAUGUUAAUAAACAAGAUGUACUUUUAUUUAUUGAUAAUAUUUUCCGUUUUGUUCAAGCCGGUUCAGAAGUUUCUGCUUUAUUAGGUAGAAUGCCAUCUGCUGUAGGUUAUCAGCCAACGUUAAGUACAGAAAUGGGUACUUUACAAGAAAGAAUUACUUCAACAAAAGAAGGAUCUAUUACGUCAAUUCAAGCUGUUUAUGUACCUGCAGAUGACUUAACUGACCCAGCUCCUGCUACAACCUUUGCACAUUUAGAUGCAACUACCGUAUUAUCCAGAGGGCUAGCAGCGAAAGGUAUCUAUCCAGCAGUAGAUCCUUUAGAUUCAACUUCUACUAUGCUUCAACCUUGGAUUGUAGGUGAAGAGCAUUAUGAAACAGCUCAAGGAGUAAAAGAAACAUUACAACGCUAUAAAGAAUUACAAGAUAUUAUUGCUAUUCUUGGCCUUGAUGAAUUGUCAGAAGAAGAUAGAUUGGUUGUAGCAAGAGCAAGAAAAAUCGAACGUUUCUUAUCUCAACCAUUUUUUGUAGCAGAAGUAUCUACAGGUUCUCCAGGAAAAUAUGUUAGUCUAGCUGAAACCAUCAAAGGUUUUCAAAUGAUUCUUUCUGGAGAAUUAGACUCUUUCCCUGAGCAAGCUUUUUAUUUAGUUGGUAAUAUUGACGAGGCUACAGCCAAAGCAGCAAAUCUACAAAUGGAGAAUUAA